GGAAGCCGAACCACACGCACGAGAAACACGUGCAGUGGGCGGGCCUCGGUGGACAAGCUGCACGUGGCUUUGACGAGCACACAGACUGACUUCAGUCUGUUGCCGCAUCUGCAGGAGACAACGUCAGCAUGGCUGUGGAGAUGGAGCCCUCGGAUGUCAUUCGCCUGAUAAUGCAAUACCUAAAGGAAAACAACCUCUACAGAACCUUGACCACGUUACAGGAAGAAACAACUGUCUCGCUCAACACUGUGGAGAGCAUCGACAGCUUCAUCGCAGACAUCCAACAAGGCCACUGGGACUCGGUUUUGCUCGCAAUUGAAUCUCUCAAAUUGCCCGACAACACACUUAUUGACCUCUACGAACAGGUUGUAAUGGAGCUGAUUGAAAUGAGGGAGGUGGGCGCUGCCCGCUCACUCCUCAGACAAACCGACCCGAUGAUUAUGUUGAAGCAAACUCAGCCUGAGAGGUACACCCACCUGGAACACCUGCUCACACUCUCCUACUUUGACCCACGUGAGGCGUACCCAAAAGGCAGCAGCAAGGAAAAGCGACGUCGGGCCAUCGCAGCGGAGCUGGUGAGGGAGGUCAGUGUGGUGCCUCCAUCACGCCUCAUGGGCCUCCUGGAACAAGUCGGUUCACUCAGGCUGAACUCCCCGGAGAGCCUCUCACCCGAUAUGACCAUUGAGAGCCCAAGCCCAAAGGACACACAUGCAGAGAAAGAGACUUAUCCAACCCAACUGUACCGUCACAUUAAGUUUGGACGUCGGUCCCACGUGGAAUGUGCCCGUUUCUCGCCCGAUGGCAAGUAUUUAAUCUCCGGCUCGGUGGAUGGCCUCAUUGAAGUAUGGAACUUUCACACAGGCAACAUAAGCAAGGAUUUAAAGUACCAGGCCCAAGACAGCUUCAUGAUGAUGGAUGACGCUGUGUUGUGUAUGUGCUUCAGCCAGGAUUCAGAUCUACUCGCCACCGGGGCUCAGAAUGGAAAAAUAAAGGUGUGGAAGAUCCAGAGCGGCCUGUGCCUGCGCAGGUUUGAGCACGCGCACAACCAAGGUGUGACCUGUCUUGGUUUCUCCGAGGACAGCAACCAAAUCCUAAGUGCAUCUUUUGACCAAACCAUCAGGAUCCAUGAGCUGCGUUCGGGCCAAACACUGAAGGAGUUAAAUGGACAUCAAUCUUUUGUAAAUGAUGCAUCUUUCACUCAAGAUGGAUUUCACAUUAUCAGCGCAUCAUCGGAUGGUACCGUUAAGAUUUGGAACAGCAAAACUUGUGAAUGCAUCCACACGUUUAAAUCUGUGACACGGGCUCUGGAUGUCCCAGUGAACAGCGUGAUCGCUCUUCCCCAAAAUCCACAGCUCUUUGUGGUUUGCAACCAUUCCAGCACAGUUGUUGUCAUGAACACGCAGGGUCAGACUGUCAAGACAUUUAGAGCAGAUAGAAAGUCAGGAGCAAAGUUUGUGUGCAGCACAGUGUCCCCACGAGGCGAGUGGAUUUACUGUGUCGGAGAGGACUUGGUGCUUUACUGCUUCAACUACAUGACAGCAAGGCUGGAGAAAACUCUGACGGUUCACGAGAAAGAUGUAAUUGGCAUCACUCACCACCCGCAUGAGAAUCUAAUUGCUACUUACAGCGAGGACGGCCUCCUGAGGCUGUGGAAGCCUUAGAUUGACGAUCGACUUCGGGCGUGGAGCGCCUCACAUCCCAAUGUGUAAUAAAUACUGAAUCAAGAUACUACACAAACCAGAUAUGAACAACUUUUUCGCAAUGAAUUCUCGUCGAGCAAACUAAAGGUGUUUAUACAUAUGCAUUCUUUAGCAGACCACACACCAAACCAUCGUGAUGCACAGAUAUACUAGAAUUCUUUAGAAACUGCAUGUGAAUGCCGAGAAAUGGCGGCGUACUGGUUCACAUAGCUGAUUGUUAAGCUGCUGGUUUGGGCCUACCCAGUAACUGACUGGCCUUUCGGCUGAACGUGACAGCAUACAGGAAAUGGACGAGUGGAUACAAAUGAAGGCAAACAAACGGGAAAAUAGAGAAUAUUUUAGGAUUAUAAUGCUGGUUACCACAUCACAGUAUAUCGUCGCAAUUUCAUGAUAACAUGUACAAGUCGAUAUGGCGCCAACAUUCACAUAAAAUUGGGAUUACCGGUAGAUUGGAUUGGAUACAACUUUAUUAUCAAAUAUGCUGUAUGUGUUAUCCAACCAUGACAUUCAGGUCAUCAUGCAGUCAGUAUUCAAACAAUAAUAGCGUUGUCAAAAGGAGUUUAUCGUGAGCUGCAAUAUCAAAUUAAAGGAACCUUGAUUGGCAGCUGUCUAAAAAUUUGUUUAAUCCUCUGCACCUCUGUAUGUGACAGAAAGGAGCAGGAGAAAGUUAAAAUGAAUAUUCUGGGUGCAGGUUGCCAAGCUGACAACAAGCCAAUGAAAAUGGAUUAAAGCCUUCGGUGAAAGCUCUUUCUAGUAAUCAGGUCUUAUUUUUUAAACAGAUGGGGGUUUUUCCCCUACGUAUUGACAUUUUUGGUCGUAUUGUGUACAGUAUGUGAAUGUCAAUCUAGGUCCUUAAAUACUGUAGCCUACUUCCAUGUGGUUCCAACUUUACCAGCAAAGUUUAAGCUCCUUAAUUUUCAUCUCUUGUGUAUUUAUAUAUGAGAAUGCAUGAUAGUGAACUGUUGUGAAAAUACAGUAUUCUUUUUACAAAACAAUGCCGGUUCUUUGUUUGACCGUGAACAAACAGCAUCAGGGGUAUAGCAUAUAUAUCUGUCAACCUUUUUGUUUCUAACACACUUUUGUAAAUGUUUUUUUUCUAUCCGUUUUUCUUCAGUCUUGUCUGUUUCUGCAUGCUACCUCAAUGCCAAGUAUCGCUCAAAUAGAGCUAUUUUAACAUUUGCAUGACAACAACACUAAAGUCUCAGUGAAGCUCCAGUGACGGACGUUGUAUGAAUUGUACCGUUAAUAUGACGUCACAUUACUCUUGCGUGGUCCAAAGCGCUCUCAGCAAUGUAAAGGUGCAAAUUAUAUGAAUGUUGUAUGUCCCACGGUACUGCCAGUCACCCGUCACUGUUUUUCUGUAUAUAUUAUGUCAUACAAUGCGUGUACAUGUACUACUGCUUGCCACCGUCAGAAAUGAUUCUCAGUAAAAUUCCCAAAACCUUUA